AUGAACAUUGAACAGACAUUAAAGAAAGAUCUGGUUAAAGAUAUUCUAGAGUUGGAUAAAAAAAUGUCAUCUCUUUUUGAAAAUGUAUUUAAAAAAAAAGAUGAAGUAGAAGAAAAUAAUAAAGAAGAUUUUAAAUGUCUUGUAAAUGAUAUAUCUAGGAUUGAAAUUGAAAUAAUCAAAAAAUUAAAAAAUGCACCAUGUAUAGAAAAAACACAAAAGAAAAUUAAAAAGAUGAAAGCUGAAAUAUUUAAAUAUGACAAAGCAAUACUAAAGACUGAAGCAGGAUUAGUCCGAAUAUAUGGUUCUGUGACAAAUAGUUUAAAUAUAGCACAGAAAAAAUUAUGUGAACUAAAAAAAUCACAACAACAACAUAAUACAAAAAGUGACAUAUUGGAGAUGUCAAAAAAUUUAACAAAAAGCUACACAAUUUCUGCUCCUUCAUUUUAUAAAACCGGUGAUUAUGUAAAACCUUUUCCUACUGGGGUGCAAUUUGUUCGUGGUUGCCUGAAGCACUCGAUACCUAUAAAAGAUAUUUCCAAAAAAAGUGGUAUCAAAAAUCCAACAAUUAAUAUGUUCCAUAACGUAAAAAGUAUACAACAACACGAUAGAUCGAUUCUGUCUUCAUCAAAUCAACAAAGACAAAUGGCAUUUUUACAACAAGCAAAUCAUAAUUAUCCAAAUAGUAAUUUAAAACAUAUAAAUAGAAUCAACCAAUUUGCUCCGAAUCAAAGGCAUUAUAAUAUACAACAACAAAAUUCUUAUAAAAAUUUGCUGCAACGGUCUUUGAUUCCUCAACAUCAUCACUCACAAAUACCAAAUCGCGUAAGCAAAUUAAACUUUCAAUAUGAUCAAAAUCGCUUUCCAAAUGAUAGUCAUCUUGGAACAAAGCGUUUCUUCACAAAACCAGGGCAAUCUGAUGUUCAACAAACAAACUUAAUGAGAAGAACACAAAGUGCAACAAAUCUUCAAAUGAAGCCUCAACGUUUACCACAAUAUUCUUCAUACUUGCAGAGGAUUGAAGAUGGUACAACAUUCAAGAAAGCUAAAAAGCUGAGAGUCGGAAAGAAUAUGCGAAUUUUACCUUGGUCUAGUUUUAUUGAUCCAUACUACAAAGGUUACGAGACAUCAGCGUCAGAUGACAGUGAUGAAUUAAGCUCAGAAGAGGAAAGAGAAAUUACCAAUAAGUAUUAUACUAGAAAAGCAGGUCCAUCUGUGGAAUUGCCGGUAGAAAGAACAGAUUCACCAGAAACAUCUCGACAUAUGAAUUAUUUAUAA